CCCUCUUUCUACCCUGCCCUUCCAUAUCCGAGCGUUUAUAGCGUGGUUUCCACUGCCAUGGGGAACCUCGUUGCAGUUUGAAGCUCAGGCUGCAAGCAGGUUAGGUGCGGUAACUUUGCGACUGGAAAAGAAGUGUUUUCAUAGGGCCCGCCUUUAGCUCCGCCUACCCAGAUUGGAUACCGUUGGACCUCCCCACACCACACACACACACACACACACACACACACAGACCAUAGAGAGAUUGUGGUGCAGUAAUGUCCACCGCUCAUCCUGAAGGAAGUGCCAGCGAAGGCUCUCCAUUUGAAAGAAUUGAGGUUUCAAUGGAGACUGAGGUUUUGAGUGAGAGCGACAUCGUCCGUAGUGAAAGUGACAUCAUCCGUACAGUAGGGUCAGAGGUCACAACGGGUGUGGCCCAAACAGUGUCGGAGGAGAUAUGUGGAUUGUCUCAUCUCUCCCGUACCACAACCGACAGGGGUGCCACUAUUCAAGCUGAGGUAACGACAGGGACAGACUCCCUACUGAGCAGUGAUCCAACACAAACUGAACUGGCACAGCAGGAGGCCGGCCAAGACUGGUCUGCCACACAGCAACACGGGGCAGGAGAGGGAGCAGGCAAGGGGGGAGACACGGCCAUGGAGACCGGAGAUCUAGAAACACUCCCUCCCCUCUCGAUGUCUCCUUCUUCCACUGCUGGCCCGACGCAGGAAGACAUCGUAGCCUUUGCCGAACAGUACUCAUUGAACCUGGCCUCGAAACGCUUCAGUGUUCCGGUAGCCACAAUAAAAAAGUGGAUGAAAUCCAGCUCGGUGGCACUGACACCUAAAUACAACUCCCCCGGA